AUGGCGGCUCCGCUUAUGCCCUGGGACCGGGAGGGGUUGAGGCAGGAAGGGGCGGUGGUGGUGGUGGAGGAGGAGGAGGACAGGUGGGCGCGCUUGCUGCCGGAGCUGCUCGCCGAGGUGCUGCGGCGCGUGGAGGAGUCUGGCGGGGAGCGGUGGCCAGCGCGGAAGGACGUGGUGUCGUGCGCCUGCGUCUGCAGGCGGUGGCGCGACGCCGCCGCCACGGUCGUGCGCCCGCUGCCCGAGUCCGGGAAGAUCACCUUCCUGGCCUCGCUGAAGCAGCCAGGACCUAAAGAUUUUCCAAUCCAAUGCUUCAUCAAGCGAAACAAGAAGAAUUCUAUGUUUUAUCUCUACCUUGGAUUGACAAACAAUUUGAUGGCUGCCAUGGACAAAGGAAAGUUUCUCAUGGCUGCUAAAAGAUUUCGACGGGGUGCUCAUAUAGAGUAUAUUAUUUCCCUUGAUGCUGACGAUAUUUCACAAGGAAACAAGGCAUAUGUGGGAAAAUUGAGGUCUGAUUUUUGGGGAACAAACUUCAAAAUAUAUGACAGCCAGCCACCCUAUGAUGGUGCAAAGGCGUCAAGCACUCGAUGUAUUCAGCGUUUUGGAAGCAGGCGAAUCAGCCCCCAAGUAUCGCCGGGCAACUUUGAUGUUGGACAGGUUUCCUACAAAUACAACCUGCUCAAAUCCAGAGGGCCUAGGAGGAUGCUUUGCACCAUGGAGUGCCCUUCUGUUCAAGAGACCUGGGAGAACUCCCUCAAGGUGAAGUCUUUGAGGCAAACGGGUAGCACUGUCCUUAGAAACAACGCCCCACGGUGGCAUGAGCAGUUGCAAUGCUGGUGCUUGAACUUCCAUGGACGGGUGACAGUUGCAUCUGUCAAGAAUUUCCAGCUGGUGUCUACAACCGACCCAAGCCAUCCUGAUAGCGUCGAUGAUGCGGAAACUGUUCUCCUGCAGUUCGGUAAGGUUGGGGACGACAUCUUCACCAUGGAUUAUCGCCAGCCGCUCUCAGCAUUUCAGGCGUUCGCCAUCUGCCUUAGCAGCUUUGGGACAAAGCUGGCUUGCGAGUAA